CUGGCAGGCCAUGUGCGGCGCAGAGGGGGGACCGGAAGUAGUUGCACAGCAGGCGAUGAGGGCUGGAAGUGGCUGUGCAUCGGGUUCUGCUUGUAGCGUGUGUGAGGUGAUGAUUCCUCAUAUACAUCGAUAGAAGGGGGGCCGUGAUCCGUUAUCCUUCACACGAAAGGCAGUUCUGUGUUAACAAGACGAUAAUAAAGAAACAGUGGUAUACCAGUAAACAAAGCAUAGAUGGCAAUGUCUUCUCUGGCCAGCAAGGAUUCCUACCUACAAAGUCUGGGCAGAAAGGUUUGUGCUCAGGAAGCUACAGAACCUCGCAAACGCAAAAUAGCAGUUGCUGUUGAUGGCACUGAGAAGCUUGCUACCGCAAAGAAGAAAAAGAGGAAUAGAAACCCACAGAACCUCAGACAUGAUAUCCGCAUGCAGAGAUUUCCUCCCAAAUUGUCUAAUCCCGUCUUCCCAAAAUCCCAGAGGAAAGAUACCCCUCUGAGCUCCUUUUCCACAGUUAAUUUAUUAAAGAAACGAUUACAUGAGAAGAUUGAGGAGUCACGUGGACAGUUUUCCAACAAAUCUCUUUCAGUAGAUGAAAUUGAGAGAAGACGCCAGAGGAGGAAACAUGAGAGAGAAAGGAAGAAGAGAAAAAGGAAGGAGCUGAAAUUAAAAGCUUUGCAGGAGCCAGAAGAGGGUGAAGCCACUAAAGUGGAGCAAACUGUAGCAGAACAUGUAGAAGAGACACAUCAGGUCCCACUAGUUUUUAACAAGGUGGAAGUCCACGAUGAACCUCUCAAUAAAAUCAUGCAGAAAAAAGAGAAAAAAGAAAGGGUAAAGGGGCAAAUAACGCCCAUGACUGGCAAAAACUACAAACAGCUGCUGAGCCGCCUAGAUUUGCAAAGGAGUAAGUUGGAAGAGCUAAGGGCCAAAGACCAGGAUAAAGCCAAUGAGUAUGAAUCUAAAAUUAAAUGGACUAAUGUGUUGUAUAAAGCUGAAGGACUGAAGAUCAAAGAUGAUGAAGGGAUGUUAAAAACUGCCCUGAAGCGCAAGGAAAAGCAGCGGGAGCAGAGAAAGAAGCGCUGGGACAAUCGAAUGCUGCAGACUACGGAGAGAAUGCAAAAGCGGCAGGAGAAGAGGAAACGCAACAUCAAAAAGAAGAAAAUGGGCAAGAUAGAGAAGAAGAAAACCAGAGCACGCAAGAAAGGGCGUAUAAUGCCCGAGGACCUGGCCAAAUCUAAUGUCAAGUGAUUUUUCUAUUACAAAGGUUUUUUAAUGUCUUGUGUGUAAAUAGUCCAUGCUUUGUAAUAUGUACUAUGUGAUAGAGCACUGAGAGGCCAGAAUAUUGAUUUUAAUAUUAUGAAAGGUGACUCCGUAAAGCAAGCCCUGCUUUGAAAAUAAACUGAAUUACAGAA